AUGGAGAGCAACGGCUCCAAAGACGAGAAGGAGGUCGGCCUGCCUGGCUACUCAGCAGACACGGCGACACCCAACGACCAACAAGAAGGCGCUGUGCGCUCCGACAACUGGCUCACCCGCAAUGGCCUCAACCUCGAGUCGUUCAAGAAGCGCGACUACGGUAAGGGCAUCGUCGAGCUCGACCGUUCCAUGAAGCCCCGCCAUCUGCACAUGAUUGCUAUUGGUGGUUCCAUUGGCGCGGGGUUUUUCGUCGGUUCAGGCAGCGCUCUGCAUACGGGUGGGCCCGGCUCUCUUCUGAUCGAUUUCAUCAUCAUCGGUAUAAUGAUGUUCAAUGUCGUCUAUGCCCUCGGUGAAUUAGCUGUCAUGUAUCCCGUCUCUGGUGGUUUCUACACAUUCGCGACCCGCUUCAUCGAUCCCUCGUGGGGUUUCGCCAUGGGUUGGAACUACGUCAUGCAGUGGGCUGUUGUCUUGCCACUCGAGCUCACUGUUUGCGGGUUGACCGUAGGAUUCUGGAGACAGGACAUCAGCGUCGGUGUUUGGAUCACUGUCUUCUUCGUGGCCAUUCUCAUCGUCAAUAUCUUCGGCACGCUCGGAUACGCUGAGGAGGAGUUCUGGGCGUCGGCCCUGAAGCUCUCGGCUACCGUCAUCUUCAUCAUCAUUGCCUUCAUCCUCGUCCUCGGCGGCGGCCCUGAAAAUGGCUUGUAUGGUGAAUACUGGGGAGCCCGGCUUUGGCACGAUCCUGGCGCCUUCAACAAUGGCUUCAAGGGGUUCUGCUCCGUCUUCGUCACGGCUGCUUUCGCCUUCAGCGGAACCGAGCUCGUUGGUCUUGCCGCUGCCGAGGCCCACAAUCCCGUCAAGUCGCUCCCCGGUGCCAUCAAGCAGGUCUUCUGGCGUAUCACCCUCUUCUACAUCCUCGGUCUGCUCUUCGUUGGGCUGUUGGUCAACAGCGAGGAUGAGAGACUUCUCGGCGCCAACCCGUACGCUGAUGGCGCUUCGCCCUUCGUGCUUGCGGUCAAGGAUGCUGGGCUCAAGGGUUUUGACAGUUUUAUGAAUGUCAUCAUCUUGGUUUCGGUGCUUUCCAUCGGUGUCUCGGCUGUGUACGGUGGUAGCCGCACCCUGACUGCUCUGGCGCAGCAGGGCUACGCUCCCAAGAUCUUCACAUACGUCGAUCGCUCCGGUCGUCCGCUCUUCUCUGUUGGCAUCAUCAUCGCCUUUGGUCUCCUCGGCUACGUCAACUUGAACGCAGAUGGCGACACCGUCUUUGACUGGCUUCUCGCCCUUUCGGGGCUGGCUGCUCUCUUUACCUGGGGAUCCAUUUGCUUGUCGCACAUUCGCUUCCGAAAGGCUUGGGCAUACCACGGCCAUAGUGUCGAUGAGAUUCCGUUCAAAGCCGUCGGUGGUGUCUACGGCUCGUAUCUGGGUCUUUUCCUCAUCGCGAUCGUCAUUUUGGCCCAGUUUUACGUCGCUAUUGCUCCAAUUGGCCAGGAGGAAAUGACAACCGCAGAUCGCGCCACCAACUUCUUUCAGCAGAUGCUGGCUCUGCCCGUUGUUAUGGUCUUUUGGAUUGCUGGCUACCUAUGGAAGCGUACUGGGUGGCUACGCACCCACCAGAUGGAUGUUGACACCGGCCGUCGUGAACUGGACUGGGACGAGAUCAACGCUUACCGCGCCGAGCUUGCGGCACAGCCCGCGUGGAAGCGCAUCCUGCACACAUUGUUCUGA